CUUGAAAACAUGCAGAAUCUGACAGAACUCCCAGGCAACACAACAUCCAGCAACAACCUUUCUGUCAUUGUAAAGGUGUGUGUGGUGAUCCCAUUCUUCAUUGCCUUCCUGUUCUUCAUCCUCCUGACGUUGUACACCUUUGCAUCUCACAGGCAGUUCUUUGACAGCUCCCGUUAUAUCCUCUUCACCUACAUGCUGAUGAACGACACCCUGCAGCUGCUCUCCUCUGUAUCCCUCUUCUUGUUAGCGAUGGGCGCUGUGCAGUUUGCAAUCGUCUACUGCGCACCACUGCUGUUUGUGUCUACUGCUACCUUCCUAAACACCCCACUCAUCCUUUCCACUAUGUCACUGGAGCGCUACGUGGCCAUUUUCUACCCGCUUCACCGUCCUGCCAUCUGGAGACCGGAAUGGAUUUGGAUCAUCAUUUUAAGUCUGUGGCUCAUCAGCUGCAUUCUGCCCACUGUCGACUUUGUCUUGAUGCGGCUCAAGCCGGGUGUAGAUGUCCAUUCGACCCCUGUGCUCUGCAAGAGCACUGUGCUCAAUGCUUCUCCUAUUCAAGCUCUGUUCAAAGUGAGCCUCAAUGGGAUCUUCUUUACAGUGGUCGCUGUAGUCAUCCUCUUCACGUACAUUCGGAUCCUACUGGAGACCCGUCAGAUGCGGCAGGACCGAGUGUCAGUGAGGAAGGCUCUGCACACAGUGCUGCUUCAUGGGUUCCAGCUUCUCCUCUGCAUAAUGGCUUUCUCACAACCUGUCGCAGAACUCUUACUUGUCCAGCGUGUAAACUUGUCUCAAGCAGAUAUGUCUUUUAUCUACUAUUUCUGCUUCAUCCUGCUUCCUCGCUUUCUGAGCCCGCUCAUUUACGGCCUUAGAGAUGAGAGCCUCAGAAGCUAUAUGAAGAAAGCCAUGCCUGGUUAUGGUGCACGUAUUGACCCAAAUAAAGAAGUUAAAAUGGCUAAAUGA